AUGUCUCGACUGAGAUUAGUACUUUCCGCCAUUGCCAUCAUAGCUAGCUGUGAAGCUAGCGGGAUUGGACAUUUCGCACCGGCAGUCAAAUCAAUACCUGUUGUGCGAUACGCACCUUUCUACAGUUUCCCAAAUGGAGUGCGUUCAAUACACGCAGUUCUACCAGCAGUAGCUUCGCCUCCAGCCCCAGUUUUUCGAGCAUUUGCCCCAGCACCUGUAUUGCCUGCGCCGGUAGCUGCCCCCGUACUGCCAGCGCCGCCACCAUUGUUUCCUCGUGUAUAUCAAGCACCUGCCUUCCCAGCGCCGGUCUUCCGUACCCAAUUUUUACCAGCACCAAUUCCGGCACCUUUACCGCCUCCUGCGCCAGUAUUUGCACCAGCAUCAGCACCUGUUUACCCUGCAUUACCUAGAUUUGCUCCAAAUCCUUCUUAUUCUGUAGGACCAAUCUUUACUGGAGCUGUGCCUUUUUCACCUAUUGUCAGAGCUGUUGCUCCUGCCGUAUUACCGGCACCAGCACCAGCGUAUCCCGCUCCAGUUUAUGCACCAGCUCCUAUUGGCUUUGCAAGAUCCGUAGCCUACCCAGCUCCAGCACCCUUUUUACCCGCACACAUAAAAUAUGAACAAGCGUGGAAAUGA